AUGGUGGGAUUGCAAACUGACGACUCACUUAUACUGGCAAAUGCGCUAUUUGCUGAACGAGAAGAAGUGGAAUUUGCCACCGCGAAUCCACCACUCAAAUCCAAGCUGCGCGAGGCUCUUACAGUGGAACAACCUAUGGAUUUCAACGGAAGUCGAAUUACGCUACAGCAAGAUGGAUCGAUUGUACUUACGCAAAAGGAUAAAACUGAAGAUCGAUUGAAACUCGCUAUAAUAGAAGACCAUAAGGCACUUCGAGCCCUCGGAGCGUAUAUAUCGAGGGUAUGCCAACCUGAAGCGGCAUGCGAUUUAUCCUUCGCCGUACAAAUCACGCAUCCAGACGAUGGGCACGUCGAUUAA